AUUAGGAUAAUACAUUUCAAAUCGUUUAGUCGAUCUGCCACUCGGUGUUCGUUACCUCGGUAUAUAUUUGCCGUUCCACUGCUGACGCUUUUCCGUGCAAUCACGGAGGACAUUGUGAUAUUAUCCGCUUUUUUAUAUAAUAUAGUAAAAUCACAUCGGUGAUUUCUUUUUUUCUUGUUUAAUGACUGUUUUUGGUUUAUGGUGUGCACGGUGAUGUUUACUUAGGAAUAAUGUUCGUAUCGCAGUUAAAAUCACCCAACUCUAUGUUCCUCGAAAACGGCGUGAUGCAUCGUCCCGACGAAUAUCCAGUGACCGCCCGACCAACCAGCAUGGAAACCAAAAUCCAGGAGUCCAAAAACUCCUUUUGCAUAGACGCUCUACUAUCGCGUAACGAAGAACGCACCACCAGUCCCGAAAUGACCAGAAGUUCUUCGUCUGCAUCGACGAGAAGUCGAAGUCCACCGAUUUCGCCGGGUUGUGACGACAUCAAUUCGACUACUGCCUUCGUGCCUCGACCAGGUCUGUUAAACCACGCCGGUUAUUUGAAUUCGAACGCGCUUUACGGUUAUCACCAUGGACCCCAGCAGGAGUCCGCCUUCCAUACCAUGGAGGGCGGCGGAUUGAUGCAGAAGAUGCAUUUACCCGUUAAUCCGCACGCGCAGUUCCAACAGAUACAGAUGGAGUGGUUGGCCAGGACCGGGAUGUUUUAUCCGAGGUUACAGGAUUUGACCGGUUGUACCCCUGGUGGAAAUGCCCUAUUGGGUAAGACGAGGAGGCCUAGGACUGCUUUUACCUCCCAGCAGCUGUUAGAGUUGGAGAAGCAAUUUAGGCAAAACAAGUACCUAUCCAGGCCGAAGAGGUUCGAGGUGGCCACGAAUUUAAUGUUGACAGAAACCCAGGUAAAAAUCUGGUUCCAGAACCGACGAAUGAAAUGGAAAAGAAGCAAAAAAGCCCACGACGCGAAAUCCUCCUCUGGCAAAGAUCCAGAUACGAGUGGCAAGCCAAGUACCCCGUCCGAGUUUUGCUCGCAACCGAGCGCCUCCAGUUCCCACUCGGACAACUCCGGUGCGAGUGUCAUCUCCUUAAAACAAGAUAAAAGUGAACCGAGUAGGUUACAAGAGGACGAGGUACUUUAUAGACCGUAUGUGGCGUAAUAAGUGCCGAAAUAGGGUGUCGACUGAAGAUUAUUGUGAUUUUUGUUCGUUUUUCUUUAAUGUACUAGGGAGCUAGUUCUAUGCUAGUAUUGUUUGUACAAAUGUUUGUAAUAGUAUUUAAAAAUUGUAGUUAAAAGUAAAUUAGGGGAAAAAAGUAUAUAUUUGAAGCUUGUUUGGUCCUAGUUCCUGGUUUUGUUUUUUUUUUGUUAUUUUGUAUAUGAUAGAUGAUUGGGCGGGACACCUUGCGAAUGAGGGUUUUUUUCAGUAUUAUUAUUAUUAUGUAAAUAGUGUAAAUAAAUUAUUUAUUUCGUAA